CCAUGAGUGAGUAUAUAAAUAUGCAGCAGAUAUUAACUCAAUAUGCCAUAGAAAUCUGGAAGAGAGAGAGACAGAGAGAGAGCAAAAGUAAGGUUUUAGAAGAUGAUGAUGAUGAUGGGUGAGCAUUUUGGUUGGGGCAAAGUGGAGGAAGAAGGAUGGAGGAAAGGGCCUUGGACUGCGGAAGAAGACAGGUUGCUGAUUGAGUAUGUGAGAGUUCAUGGUGAAGGAAGAUGGAACUCUGUGGCUCAACUUGCAGGAUUGAAAAGGAAUGGGAAGAGUUGUAGGUUGAGAUGGGUAAACUACCUGAGGCCAGACCUAAAGAGAGGGCAGAUAACUCCACAUGAAGAAAGCAUAAUUCUAGAGCUUCAUGCUAGAUGGGGGAACAGGUGGUCUACCAUUGCUAGAAGCUUGCCUGGAAGAACUGAUAAUGAAAUAAAGAACUAUUGGAGGACCCAUUUCAAGAAAAAGGUAAAGGUAACUUCUAUCUGCAACGAAAGGCCCAACCCUCGAUUUUUAAGAAAGCAUCAAUAUCAACAGCAGCAGCAACAACAAUAUUGGGAGAUCCUACGACGACAACAACAACAUCGAGAACUCCUAAGACAGCAACAACUGAACCAACAACCUAAUAUGAAAACUGAACUAAGCAGCUCUAAGCCUCAAAUAAGCCAAGAAUCUUGUACUCCCAUGAUCAGUAACUACAAUACCCAAAUAACUGAUCAUCAUGAUCACCCAGGAAGCCUCUUGCUGUCAGUGCCUGAGGCAAUUUCCAUAGAGGACCAACAAUUAUGGGACGGAUUCCUGUGGAAUUUUGAGGAUUUUCAAGGCAAUCUCACACCAAAUUCUGCAUUUGGAAAAGCUAAUAUGCACGAUCUAGUCACACCCUUUUGUUGAAUUUUUUUGGUAGAGAUUAAUGAUUUAACUUCAUCAAGUUUUCAUCGUAAAAGUGCUGGAGAGUAAUCCAAAUCUUAGCUAAAAAUUUUAUUUUGUGAACUUUUGUAUGCAAAUACAAGACAGGCUUAGUUAUGAAUCUUAUCAUGUAUGCUUCUGGGUAAUAAAAAGGGGAAUUUUAU